UCACACUGGAUACAGCCAGAGCUUGUUGCUCAGUCAACUCCUGACCACAGCAGAGCUCCACUCUCAGCUCUCAGGAGGCAAAGGGGCAAACUUGCGGGCAAGCUUGGGGGCACCUGGACCCUCCCCUCCCCAAGUCAAGAGGGAACGGGCAUGGAGAACCAGGCCGGUCAACCAGCCAGAUGGGGAACCCCCUGACACACUUAUAGGAGCUGCAGAAGGAACCUGGGCCCCCUGUCCUGUUGCUCUCUGAAUUCUAGAUGCCCCUGCCUGGCCCAGCCCUUGGGAUAAGAAGAGUCAGGCAGCACCUCAGCCCAUUCUCCACUAUGUCCCCAGGACUGGAUGGGCCAUCUGCAGCUCCAGGCAUCCUCUGGGACUCCAACUCUAGUAUAAAUGCCAGUGCCCCUCCCUCGGAGUCGGACAAGCGCGACGAGGCCCUGGCCCGGGCAGAGAUAACCCUGCUGGCCGUGAUGUUCGUGGGUGUGGCGGGCAGCAACACCCUGGUGCUGGGGGCCCUGGCAAGGCAGGGCCGACGCCAGCGGGCACCCAUGCAUGUCUUCAUCACCCACCUGUGCCUGGCGGACCUGGCGGUGGCCCUGUUCCAAGUGCUGCCCCAGCUGCUCUGGGACAUCACAGACAGGUUCCAGGGGCCGGACCUGCUCUGCCGGGCUGUCAAGUACCUGCAGAUGGUGGGCAUGUAUGCCUCCUCCUACAUGAUCGUGGCCAUGACCCUGGACCGGCACCAUGCCAUCUGCCGGCCCAUGGCCACCUUCCGCCGGGGUGGCGCCCGCUGGAACAUGCCCGUUUUGGUGGCCUGGGCCUCGUCCCUGGUUCUCAGCCUGCCCCAGAUCUUCAUCUUCUCGCUGAUGAGGAUGCCAGAUGGGGCCUACGACUGCUGGGCCCAAUUUGCGGAGCCCUGGGGCAGCAAGGCCUACGUCACCUGGAUCACGCUCGUGGUGUUCGUGCUGCCCACGGCGGGCAUCGCCACCUGCCAGGUGCUAAUCUUCCGAGAGAUCCACACCAGCCUCUACCAGAAGCGAAAGCGCAUCAGGGAAGGGGGGAGGGGGCGGCGGCGGUGGCCGCUGGGCUCCCGGGAGGGCCGUGGGGGCAGAGCCAGGGUCCCGGUUGGGGGAGCAGCUGAGGCCUCACGUGUGUCAGGUGCGAUGGCCAAGACGGUGCGGAUGACGCUGGUGAUCGUGCUGGUGUACGUGCUGUGCUGGGCCCCCUUCUUCCUCGUGCAGCUCUGGGCCGUCUGGGACCCACACUCUCCCAAGAACGGCCCAGCAUUCACGCUGAUCAUGCUUCUCGCCAGCCUCAACAGCUGCACCAAUCCCUGGAUCUAUGCCUCCUUCAGCAGCAGCGUCUCCUCCGAGCUCCGACAGCUCCUCUGCUGCCAGCGCCCCGGACCCAUCCUGCCCGAGGACUCCUGUGCCACAGCCACCUCCUCCCUUGCCAAAGAGAUCCACUCCUGAGGGACCUGGGUCAGGGGCAAAGAGGUCGGGGUCCAUAGCCAGCAGGCCAGAUGGCCACUUGGGAGUCAGCCAGGCUGGGAAGUCCUGGGGGUUGGGGAGCUGGGGUGGGUCAGGAGAAUCCCAGAGAUUCCUGCCUGAGGUGGGGGGUGGGGGGGGAAUAGGAAAGGAAAGCCUGAGACCCCUAUGGGGCUGAGUGUCUGUGUGUGUGUGUGUGCGCGUGCAUCCAUGUGCACACGUGCUGGCUACGUGUGCUCAUGACUUCUAUAUUUUUUGGUUUUAUGGGUGCCUGUGUGAGCAUAGUAGGUGUAUGUGUCCCCAGAGUUGUGAGUGCCUGUCCCGUUUGUGGGCUCAUGAGUGUGUAUGUGUGUGUACGUGUGCACAUAUAUAGGAUAGGCUGGUAUCUGUGUGUUUGCAUAGACGGCUGCCAGGCAAGGGGGUUGCUGAGCAUGGGGCAGUGCAGUGGAGCAGUGGGUGUGGUGUGAGGGGUGUGGGACAUUGGGCAUGAGGUGAUGGGGGUGGGGUGGUUGGCAAAGGACAGUAGGCUGGAUCAUCAACUCCUCCCCACCCACUCCUCCUGGCAGGCCCCUGCCACUCCCCUGGCAACUGGAGACCAAGGUUCCAGAGGGUGGAGGGUUUGGGUAUGGUUCAGGGUCCCUCCAAAGUUCUCCCCCAGCCCCCUGGACCUUCUCUCUCUUCCUCUCUCCCCUUUCACCUGUCCCACACAUUUCUUUCUCUUUUGUCCCCCAUCACCACACCCUUGCCCACAAGACCUCAAUAAAUCUCCACACAUCAGCA